AUGAUAAGAAUUGAGAGGUUCUCCCCAAGGAGUGAGGGGUCUGAGCUCGACAUUGGGCUCCUCAGCCUGGGGAUCCUGCACUGGGAUGGCGAGCCCCCAGAAUUUCUGGCUUUGAAGGCCAGUGGGGCUUAUACAGAAGGCAAUGUAAUUUUAAUUGUAAUUGAGGACACCGAAGAAAUAACUGCCUUGAAGAAGAAGAAGAAGGAGAAGCAGAAGCGGGAAAAAAAGGAAAAUUUAGAAAAAAGAAUAAAAGCAGCCAAGAAGAUCCAGGCCUGGUGGCGUGGCACCCUGGUACGCCGGACUUUGUUGCAUGCAGCCCUCAGGGCCUGGAUCAUUCAGUGCUGGUGGAGACUGACCCUCCAAAGGCUGCUGCAGAAGAAGCGGAGGGAAGCCCUGAUCUCCUACGCACACACAGAGAGGGCACUGGUCAAGCUCCAGUCAUUGGUCCGUAUGUGGCGAGUCCACUGGCGAUACUGCCAGGUGCUCAACGCCAUCUACAUCAUCCAGUGCCACUGGCAAUGCCACAACUGCCAGACCUGUGCCCUCCUCCGAGGCCACUGUGUAGUCACAGCCACUCACCUGCAGUUUCACAUUGAGAUCAUUAACCCCUAAGGGAUGGCAUGGAGGGGCACUAUGUUUCCUGUCCCCAGUAAAGGUCUAACCGGAUCAGGUAUGUCUCAUGAUCUCCCCUCAGUGAAUGGAAAUUUUGGGACUGAAGUCAUCCUGCUUCAUCUUCUCCCUGGGAAAGAACUUCAGUGAGGUUUUCCCCUUGUGUCUAUGUACCCCGUUCUGGACUGACAAUGCCACAUGCUAUUAAGUUGUCAAAACAGAAAUUGAGAUCCUAGUCUACCCUGAUAUAUAACAGAGCCAGAAGUCCCAGUUCCCAUCCCCAACCCCAUUCCUUUCUCCUCACUGGGGAUCUGAGAGACAGGUGAGCUGCAUCUUCCUGAAGACUCUGGGUACCUCUGCACAUGAGAACGAGCUCAGGCACUUCUCUGUCUGCCUGUGGCUAGGGAUUGGCUGGGGCCUCAGAUGCCUCAGACAAGGUAUCUUUGGCAAUUACCUCAUGUAAAGGCCAACAUGUGGCUGACUCUCCUGGGAGCAGUGCAGUGCAGCCCCAGGUGAAAGACAGGGGCUGGCCUUAGUGAUAGUGUAACUGAGAUGUUGGUGAGCAGGUGAUGACUCUGGGGACAUGGCACUUCAACUCCAUCUUCACAAGUCUUUUACUAGAACUCCUCUCCCUGAGGGCUGUGCAACAAACAGGCUCCCUCCAACAUUACCCCACCCCUACUCUUGUCUCCAUUCUCACACCCAUGGUUGUACUAAGCAGUGCUGCUUUACGGAAAUUUCUGUGAUGAUGGAAAUGUUCUGCAUCAGUGCCAUCCAGUGUGAUAGCCACUAGCCGCACAUGGUUGUAGAGCACUUGAAAUGCGCCUGCUGCAACUAAAGAAUUGAAUUUUAGGAGUUCCUGCUGUAGAUCCCUGUUGUGGCUCAGAUUCAGCGCCUGGGCUGGAAACUUUCAUGUGCUGUAGGUGCAGCUAUUAAAUUUUUUUUGAAUUUUUAAAUUUAUUUAAUUUAAAUUAAUUUAGGUUUAAAUAGCCACAUAUGGCUAGUGGCUAUUCCAUUGAAUAGUGUGGCUCUAGACCGCACCAUUACCAGUAAUUGUACUAUUGCCCGAUUUGCUUUUUCUAGAGUUCCAUUCUCUUUUUACUUUACUCUCGCCUUCCAGUUCACCUUUCAAAUAUCCCUAAUAGAAUAUUUCUUUAAUGUGAUAAGGUCUUCCAAUCUUUUGACCCUACCAACUUUUUACAGCCGUCAUCCAUGACAAGCCCCUAUAUCUUUCCUUACCUGGUUCAGAUUCUAUACUUAAUUAUUGUAAUCUCUCCCCUGCAUAACUGGACUUCCUUUGGCUCUCUCUCUGCAAAUGUGUUUGGGAUGAACUCUAUCAUCUGCUGCUCUGUGCCUGCAGAAGAGUGAGCAUAGCUAGAGAAAAACAACCACGAUGCAUGGUCUCAGUUCCUAUUCAUGACUGCAGAUCUCCACUGGACAAGUUUCCCAAUAAAUUUCUCUAGUGUGUUUGCAUUUCUUUUUUCUUUUUUGGUUCCCCGUGGCAUAUGGUGUUCCCGGGCCAGCGACUGAACCUGCAUCCUGGUACUGCAGAGAUGCUGCCAAUCCUGUUGCACCAUAGCAGGAACUCCUGCAUUUCUUUUUCCUGAGUUGAAUAAUUCAUACCAUCCCUUCUCCCAAUGUCCAAUAACACUUCUUUUGACCUAAAUAAUGUUGAUGUAUAUCACCAUUAACUGAAGAAAUGGGAGCCGACUGGAUCUCUGUCUCCCUACCACCCUAUUCUCCAUCCCAUCUCCACCUGGACCACACUGGUUACCUUCCCUCCAGCUGAAAUUAAUGAAGUCUUUGAUCUGAUCAAAGGAUAAUGCCCCCUCCACUAUCCUGCUGCCAUCUCAAGGUAUUUGAUCCUGCAUCUUUAACCCCACUAUCCAAAUUAUCAUUUUUUUUCAGUGUAAAUGUAACUUUUUUAGGCUUUUAAAAUUUUUUUGUUUUUUAAAUUAUAGUUGAUUUACAAUGUUGGACCAAUUUCUAUACAUCAAAGUGACCCAGUCAUACAUACAUAGACAUUUUUUCUUCGUAUC